AUGGAUACUAUAAGUGUUGAUGUCACCCAUCUUAAAAAGGGCGAGGUUAGUAUGGGAACAUCCAUUAUGGCCGUGACAUUCAAGGACGGUGUUAUCUUGGGUUCUGACUCCAGAACUACAAGUGGCGCAUACAUUGCAAACAGAGUCACUGAUAAAUUAACCCAACUACAGGACAAGAUAUGGUGUUGCCGUUCUGGAUCUGCGGCUGAUACUCAGGCUGUCGCUGAUAUGGUGAGAUAUCAAAUGGAUUUGUACCAAAGCAUGAACGGAAAAGAGCCAGGAACGGAGUUGGCCGCUUCCGUUUUCCAGGAAAUUUGCUAUAAUAAUAAAGAUAUGCUAACGGCAGGAAUUAUUAUUGCUGGAUAUGACCAGAAGAAGGGUGGACAGGUGUUUGUGGUGCCAUUGGGUGGAUCCUUGCACCAGGAUGAGUAUGCUAUUUCCGGCUCCGGUUCAGCAUUUAUCUACGGUUAUUGCAAAAAGAAUUUCAAGCCUGACAUGACUAAAGAGCAGACGAUAAACUUCAUGAAAAGCUCGCUUUCACAGGCUAUUCGUUGGGAUGGAUCCUCUGGUGGUGUUAUCAGAAUGGUUGUGCUAACUGCAAAUGGAAUCGAGAGACUCAUAUUUUAUCCUGAGGAAUAUGUGAAUGCUUAG